AUGACGCUACAGUGCUCAUCGGAUGUCACGGGAGACGCCGCACUGUCCACCAAACAAAUCCACGUCAUAUCCGCGCAGUAUGGGCGUUGGAUGCCAGGCCACGCCGGCUGUCCAAGUACCGAUCUGGAUAUCAAUGUAUACGACUGUAAAUUCAACAGCAGUCGCGCCAAGUAUGCCCUCGGUGUUCAUUGCGAAGGGCGACAAGAAUGCGCCAUUAUGGUUUCCCGGCCAGUGAUGGGAUACCAAGUGGACGUGUGUCCACGUGCCUCUAAGUAUGUGCAAGUGGUGUACGAAUGCCGUGAACCCCAUACUCUGCCAACCGUGGAGUGUGAACGCGACGGUGGACAGGACAUCAGCUGUGAGAUGUACCGUGAAAGAUCGAAAAUAUUUAUAGAAUAUGCCAAUUACGGUCGACUGAGCAAACAUGUCUGCUCCAGUGUCCAAGGAGUUGAUACGAAUGAAUGCCGAUCGAUUACAUCCCUGGCUGUUGUAUCUGAAUGGUGCAACGGUAAGACGACUUGUAGCCUGGCUGCCGACAAUCAUUAUUUUGGCGACCCGUGUACGGCAGCGUACAAAUACUUAGAAGUACGUUAUCGAUGCGUUGCACAAGCUCCAAAUGUCAAUUGGUAUCCGGAUCCUGUAGGUAUUCCAGUGAACGAAGUACCGGAAUACUGCGAAUCAGUCUCUCUCGGUGAAACAACAUGGCCCCGUACCAGGGAAGGGCAGACUGCGGCAGCACUUUGUCCAGAAGGGAAAGAAGGUAUAGUAUAUUGGACUUGUCAAGACGACCCGGUUGGCUGGGAUAGCGAAGGACCGGAUUACUCUCGAUGCAUAUCUGCAUGGGUGAAUCGAGCCAAUGAGAUGAUUGAAAGUAGAGCCCCUGCCACCGAUAUAGCCACGGCCCUGCAAGAGGAGACAACUACAGAAGAGUUUAUGACGACUAGAGAUAUCGAGGAGACCGUUGUGAUUGUGGAUGAUCUUCUACAACUACAGAGCAUACAGUUGAUCGGUUUGAAUGAUGAAGAAAAAGAGAGUGUAACCAAGAAUUUUACCGAGGAAAUUGUCGCCGUUGGCAGUAAUUUACUGAAUUCACAGAAUAUCAAGCAGUGGAACAAAAUGUCUUCGGAUUACGCCUCUGUCUCGGCGACCUCUCUAGUUGACAGCAUGGAGAAAAGCGCACACAUGCUGGCUAAUCAGAUGACGGGAGCGGAAGAGAUGCGAAUUACCAAGGAAAACAUCGUCAUGGAAGCAAUACGAAUUGAAAAGACAGGACCGGAAGGGCCAGUGAGACCGCUCUCAUUUGAAGUAGGUGGCGCAGUUUCAUCUGGAAAUGCAACCGCAAAAGGGGGAAUCACACUACCGAGUUUUAUUUUGGAGCCAACAUUUAAUAACAACACAGACCCGGUCAAGGUGGCAUUCCUGGCAUACCAGAAUAUUGGUAACCUACUGAAAUCGGCGAAUACGUCCGUUGAUGGAAGCGUGGAAUCCGACUAUAUAGCAAACUCCGUUGUGAUCGCGGCAUCUGUGAACGGGGGGAAAUAUACGGAAAUGGACAGCAAUGUCAUUUUCAUACUAGAUCACUUGAAGACUGACGGUGUUGAAAAUCCAAUAUGUGCAUUUUGGAACUAUUCAGAAAGCAAUAUGAAAGGUGCAUGGUCUGACUAUGGAUGCAAUGUGGUGACGAGCAACGCAACUACGACGGUGUGUGCCUGCAAUCACCUCACCAACUUUGCUGUGUUGAUGGAUGUACACGGUACAAAGCUCUCAGACGACCACACUCUCGCCCUGAGUGUCAUUACUUACAUUGGAUGCAUUAUUUCCAUCGUGUGCCUCUUCAUUUGCAUAAUAGUGUUCACUUCGUUUAGACCACUGUGGUGCGUGCGAAAUACUAUUCACCGAAAUCUGUGUCUGUGUUUACUUGUCGCGGAAGUAACGUUUCUUGUUGGUAUUGACAGAACUCAGAAUCAGACCUUGUGUGCAGUGUUUGCUGGUCUUAUGCACUAUUUUUUCCUUGCGGCGUUUGCAUGGAUGUGCUUGGAGGGCGUACAGCUGUAUAUUAUGCUGGUUCUAGUAUUUGCGCAAGAGAAAUCCAGGAUAUACCUGUAUUAUAUCACCGGUUACGGUGUACCUGCAAUCAUCGUUGGCAUCUCGGCGGCAAUAAAACACGACGGUUAUGGGACAUCAUUCCACUGCUGGUUGACGACAGAAUUUGGCUUUAUUUGGAGUUUUGUCGGACCAGUGAUUGCUAUAACGGUGGUGAAUCUUGUAUUUUUGUUCAUGGCUCUACGAGUGGCAUACGCCCACCGUUCAGUUACUGCGAAACAAGAGAAGGGGGCCGCUGUGAAAGUCAGGAAAUGGGCGAAGGGCGCGGUUGUGUUGGUAUGUAUACUUGGGGUCACGUGGAUACUCGGACUUCUCUAUGUCGAUGGAAACUCCGUUGUGAUGGCCUACACGUUUACACUGAUGAACACCUUCCAGGGUACGUACAUUUUCGUGUUUCACUGCCUGUGCAACGAAAAAGUCCAGAAAGAAAUCGGUAAGAGGUUACGCAGAUCACGACUUGUACCGAGCUAUAUUCGAAACAAGUAUCUGCAGCAUCUCCAGCAGAGCUCGGGUGCGCAGGCGCAGAGUACAGCGUCCCAGGGUGUCAGACAGAGUGAGAGCAGCAACUGUAUCAUAAGCGCAGUAUCGGAGUCUGUCCAGAUGCCAGAAUCAGACGUCAAAGCUCCAAAUCGUGCUGACUCGUACGUUCGCGGUAACAAGGGGCAAUAUACGUUGUCUUGA